UCUCUUAAUAUGAUUGAUUAUGAUUAUAUAAUAGGUAAAAUAAGAUAAAACUUUUAUUCUUUAUUUUAUAAAAUAUAUUAAUGUAUAAUAAUAUUUUAAAAAUAAUUACGAAUUGUAAAAAAUAUUUACAUAGAAUUUUUGAAAAUUAAGAUCUUGUUAAAAUCUUUUAAACAGAUUUGUUUGAUUUAAAAAAAAAUUAUAUUUAAAACUAAAAGAUAUCAAAAGUUAUUAUGACUAAAGUAGUUCAAAGAUUAUAUAUAUUAUUAAUAUAAUAAAAUACUAUUAAUAUUUUUUUAAAUGGUUCAAAUUAAAAAAUCACACAUGAAGGAAGUCAUGAUUUCUAUUUUAAUACAACUUAUUAUAUAUAUAUAUUGGUUAAAUUAUUUAAAUCGGUUUAGUAUUUUGAACUAUGCAAUGAUUUAUAUUACUACUAUGUAUAAUUUAUUAAGAAAUCAAAUAUGUGUUUGUUAACUAAUCCGGUUUUAUAGGAGUUGAUUGUUAUAUUAUGAAUGAUAUAUUAUUAAGUCAUAUUAGUAGGAACAAAUGAAUCAUAACUGAUUUAUAGUGAGAGUCCAUUUUUAAAAAUAUCACACAUGAAUCAAGGUUGUGACUUCUAUUUUAAUAUAUAAGAUGGCAUUGUGAACUAUAUGUCAGUUUAUUAAACAUACAAGACACAUAUCAUGUUAACUUAGAUUACCCGGCUUCACGAAUUUUUAACAUUUGUUGGACCCACCCACUAAUUUAUCCUUAUGGCUAGCUUGAAUUACGAUAUUCAAAAUUGCUUUAUCACUAUUUUCACUUUUAUUUUUAUAUUGUAGAAAAUACAAGUGUUAGGGUCAUUCCUAGAUUGCGUUAUACAUAAUACAUAUACACAGUGUAUAAUACUCAAUUACAUUUACUCUAAAGCUUUUUUUUUUGAUCAACUUACUCUAAAGCUAUAUUUAGGAAUUUUGUGUGAAUAAUUCAAAUCGAAUCCACUCCAUUUUGUCUUUGAAACUUUGUAAUCAUCCUACCGUAUUAGGCGACAUCCAGUGUUUCUUAAAACUUAGGAUAUGCUCAUAUUAUAUGAUAAGUGACCAUAAGGCACACGUACAUGUGCGUGUGUUGAAUAUUUGAAUUGUAUAUAUCCAGGCCCGACCCAGUGUAAACUAAUGCCUAAAGUACAAAAAGAUUUUGGCGCCCCUACAUAGUAGGGGCCAACACCUAACACUCGAUAAUGCGCUCUACAACCACUGGGAUACAUGUAUAACUAAAUUAUUGAGGCGCCCCUAUAAUAUAUCUAUGGUACUCAAUACUAGUUUAGAGUAUGUACAAUAAAAAUUCAUGCAUGCUUAGAUUUUGAAACGUGCUUAAAAUAAAAGGAUGAGUUUUACUAGUUUUUUUUUUUUUUUUUUGACAGCGGAUGAGUUUUACUAGUUAUAAACUAAUUAAAAGCUGAUAUUAUACAUCUUUUUAGUUGGACGAAUGCUUAUACUCAGGUACUAUACAUCUCACAAACAAACUGAUAAACAAUUUGGAAACUCGCAUUUUACGAUAAAACUAGUUAGAACCAUUAGUUAUUUAUUUUAUAUUUUGAUAUAUAAGCUCUUUAUCAAGACACCAAUUUUCUCACAUUUGUUCCUUUUUACUAUAUAUUUAUCUGAAACAUAUUAGAAUCUUAUGUAUUGGUUCAAAAAGAAAAAAGUACUCUUAUGUCUCAUUUAAACAUGAACAUAGGAUAAAAACAAAUUAUGCUACGCAGUGGCAAUAGUAAAUAUGUCAAGACAUAAUUACCUAUGAGUAUAUAUUUAGACCAAAAAAAAUAUGAGUGCUUAUAAUUAAUUAAUCACUGCCUUCUCCGACCAAAAUGACCCGACCUUCAAUAUCCUUGUAAACGACGCUUACUCGUACUGUUAGUCUGUUACACAUCAAUGCACGCAUACAAAUCAAAUGAUUAACUUAUUGUAUUAUACAUACGCUUUCUGACUUUCUCUAUACUGAUAUACAACAUAUAAAACAAUAUAUGUAGUAUACUUUAUUUUUUUGAGAACGUAGUAGAAAAUUAUACUAUAAAAUAUACAAAAAGCAAAAGAGAAUAUAUUAUAUUUAUAUUUGCUCUUUUAAAAAUAAUAAUUAGGUCACUCUUUUUUCUUCUUUUUGCUGUAUCAGACUCAGCCAACUUGUACUCUCCUAAACUGUCAGAAAAUACAAAAUUCAAAAAACCCAUUUGAAUCUCCUCUCACAAGUCACAACACAACAAGAUCAAUUUUCAAGCUCUGUUUCAAUGGAAACACUGAAGAAGAAUCCAUCUGUCAGAAGAAAAAGCAAGCUUGCAAGAACGUUCCAGAAGGUAUGCAGCCUGAGGACGACGUCGACGAAGGUCUCCUCCAUGUUGAAGCCCCAUAACCCAAACUUCUACGACGAGGAUGACGACGGAGACUCCGUCUUCGAUCUGAAGAUUCCUUCGAGCAGCAGGAGUGGAGAGCGACGGAGAGCGGUUUUAGAGGCGGUGGUUGCGAAGAUCUUCGCCAGCACGACUUCUAUUAAAGCCGCGUACGUAGAGCUUCAGAUGGCGCAGCAUCCGUACGACAACGCCGCGAUACAAGCGGCGGAUACGGCGGUGGUGGAGGAGCUUAAAGCGUUAUCGGAGCUGAAACAGAGUUUUCUAAGGAAGGAGCUGAAUCUUUCUCCGCAAGUUGCGAUUAUGCUCGCUGAGAUUCAGGAGCAACAGAGCUUGAUGAGGACUUACGAUAUCACAAUCAAGAAGCUCGAAUCAGAAGUUACAGAGAAGCAAUCAAGAAUCGAUUCAUUGAAGACGAAGCUAGAAGAACACUCGUCGUUCAACAAAUCGCUGGAGAAGAAGCUCACGGAGGUUGGAUCAGUCUCUCUGUUUUCGAAUUUGAAUCUAAGCCACUUCGUUCAGAUUCUAGGGUUUACGUUGAGAUCCGUAAGAGCCUUCGUUAAAUCGUUAGUAAAGGAGAUGGAAUCGGCGAGGUGGGAUCUCGACGCCGCCGCUUCCGCCGCAGUCCGAAACGCAUCCACCGUCUUCGCAAGGCCAAGUGACCGCUGCUUCGCGUUCGAGUCCUUCGUCUGCGGGAAAAUGCUGGAGAAUUUCGAAUCUCGCAGCUUCUCGUUACCUAACGUCGACGUGAAACGGAGCCGUGAGGAAUAUUUUAAUCUAAGAUCCGUCGACCCGAUUCAGUACUUGACCCGGAACCCGGGUUCCUCCUUUGCGAGGUUUGUUCGUCAUAAGUACUUGAGCGUUGUAGACGCGAAGAUGGAGUGUUCCUUCUUCGGGAACUUGAACCAGAGGAAGCUGGUUAACUCGGGCGGGUUUCCGGAUUCGGGUUUCUUUGUAACGUUCUGUGAGAUGGCUAAAGGGAUCUGGCUUCUGCACUGCUUGGCGUUUUGUCUCAGCGAAAACGUCACGGUGUUUCAGAUCAAAAGAGGAUGUAGAUUCUCUCAAGUUUACAUGGAGAGCGUGAAAACUGGUGACGAGUCUCUCGUCUCCGGCGAUAAUGCGGAUAUCCGGGUCGGGUUCACGGUUGUUCCCGGGUUUAAAAUUGGCCAUGACGUGAUUCAGAGCCAGAUUUACUUAUCUCCGGUGGCCGGUUUUCAUCUCCCCCGUUCAUGAAAAGAUGAUAAACACGUUGUCUUUUGACACGCCGGCGAAAUAAAAGAGCGGUGGCGCGUGUAAAAGGAAUGGUGGGACCUGUUUUGGAAGGCGUAAGAGAAUGUGAGCGGUGUUAGAAAAUGGCGGGAGGGAUCUCAUCAAUGAAUUAGUUAGUGACACACUGACAGUCUGACACUGUUACAGAAAAUGAUCAAUGAGAAUUUUGUUGUUGCUAAAAAAAAAGAAUUUUAUUUUGUUUAAAGUUAUAGAUUAUAAAACCCAGCACAGUAGAAUGCCAUGGAAGUGGUAUAGUAUUCAGUAUUCUAUGUCUUGACUCUUGAGUUGGUCGGACCAUGCAUGUAAAUAUCUUUGGCAGGUAAAACUAACUUGUUUAAAUUUGUUUUUUUUUUAGUUUUAUUUAUAUUUAGUAAAGAUAUGAUGACAAUAAAAUGGAGUAACUUGGAAAGUAAGAUUAGAAUCGGUUUAUAUGGUCCGAUUAGUAAUGAUUGUAGCAUCAAAAAUUUGUUGUAGAAAAAAAUUUGUAAAUUUUUUGUUGUGACUUUAAAUUUUAUUGGUGUAGAAUUUUAUGGAAAGCUUUCAAAAAUUAAUGUGAAUAUUUAGCUUUACAGAGCACUUGUAUAUUUGUAGGUUAUUUCAAAAAAUGUGAUUUUAAUUUUUUUUUUAUUAAAGCUUGAUUGCUGUGAAUUAAGUAGCGUAUAAAUAAAUGAAGUUGUGGACAGCUACUACCAAUCACACCCAUAGUCAAACAUUUGGGUUAGAGAUGGUCAAAACAUUAUACUAAUCAAUAGAACAUAUGUAUUGAAUGGUAUGCGUGAGCUGAAGAUAUUAGAAAACGUGCGGAUGAUGAAUAGGUAGGAGGAGAAAGAAUGAAAACUAAAGAUUGCAUUUGAGUAAGGGAGUGAGAGAUGUGUGUGAGUUAAGACAAUCAAUCUACUGAGAUAAAUUGGCUAAUAAGAGUCCACACACGGUCAAAACAUUAUACUAAUCAAUAGAACGUAUGUAUUGAAUGGUAUGCGUGAGCUGAAGAUAUCAGAAAACAUGCGGAUGAUGAAUAGGUAGGAAGAGAAAGAGUGAAAACUAAAGAUUGCAUUUGAGUAAGGGAGUGAGACAGAUGUGUGUGAGUUAAGACAAUCAAUCUACUGAGAUAAAUUGGCUAAUAAGAGUCCACACACGACCAACCUAAAAUUUAACUUGUUGGAGUAGUCAGCAAUUAAAAAUGUCGUUGUGUAGUUAAUUCGUUUUAUUUAAUUUAUAUUAUAUAUGGGAUGGACACAGAGUCGGAUAUUCGAAAUUUUAAGGAUAUCUGAAAACUAUGUAUUCAAAAUUUUAAGGAUAUUCGAAAUAUUCAAACUUCGGAUAUUCGUGAUCCAUUCUAUUCCGUAUAAAUGAUUAUUUUUUGAUUCAAUCGAUAUUCUUUCGGAAUACUGAAGAUCCAAAAAUCAAUAUUUUUAUCAAAUAUCUGAUUUGAUCCGUAAAAAUAAAAUUAAAAUUUAAUAAAAA